AUGCGCAGGUCGCAGAGGAUUGCAGAACAUGUGGCGGCGGCGAAGAACGAGAAGGGUUCCGCGUCUUUGGAAACUCGCUCUCGCGGCAGGACGAAGGCAUCCACGAAGGGGAACAAUAGCUAUGGCGCCCCCAUGAAGAAGAGUGGAGGACGUCCCGCCAAAGUGAGGCGUACUAAUGUGGCAACCGGAGAUGCUGAGGUUCAGCGUCGUUGUGCGUCGCGCGAGGUCUCAACAAGCGCUUCGAGCCGUAGCAGUCAGUCUUCCGUGGACCAUGAGACAGUUUCCACAUCACCCAUCCAGAGCUUGCCAACCGAGCUCAUCUCGGAAAUAUUCCUGUGGCUUUUUACUGCGCUCAUGGGUUCCGACGUCCCCAACCCCAUCCCGACGUUCGUCAAGGCCGUAUCUUUUGUGUGCGCAGAGUGGCGUCAUAUCGCGCACGGGAUGCCCCAAUUGUGGACGCACAUUAAGCCACCCGGACGUCGUGAUUGGUACGUCGACAACAGAAUCGAAGCGUACCUGGAUCACUACCUGCCUCUUUCAAAUGGACGGCCCCUGCAUCUGCGUCUGCAGCACCCUCACGAGGCGGUACUGCAGCAGCUUGCGCCGCGCCUGCAGGAGCUGCGCCUCGUGGGCAUCCGGGGGGUGAGGCCCAUCACGACACCCCUACUCGAAACCGCGCUACUCACAAUGAGCGACUUGGGCCCCCAUCCGUAUUAUCCCACCAAGGUCUCGCUCGCGUUCCUCCAGGACGCACCGCGCCUGAAGACACUCGACCUCGUCGUCCACAGCGCGGCCCCGGACUGCGAAUUGACGCUUCCGCCGACCGCGCGCAUCGAGGUUCUACAUCUGGAGAUCGAGUCUGUCUCCUUCGCUGCGCUCCUCCCGCCUCUAAGGCAGUGUCGCGCGACGCUCAGGGAGCUCAGGCUCCUGGUCUGCAGAACUCCACAAGCCAGUGCUGGCGCCAAUCAAGUUAUCGCGCCCCUCGUGCUCCCCGCCCUCCAGCAUCUCGUGCUCCAGUGGAACGCGCACAGUCUCCUCGGCUUCAUCGCUGCGCCCGCGCUGGAGUCUCUCUCAUUCGAGGCGCAGCAGGGCAACUGUAACGUGGGCGAGAUAUUGCUCGGGUACCUCAACCGCGUCCAGCGUAUAGAGCCUCCCGUCGGGCCCUGCAUGCUCAAGAGCCUGCACAUCGAGAAGGUCCCAAUGGUCGGCAGAGCAGACGAGCACAUCGAACGCUGCCUCCAGCUGACGCCAAACCUCGAGGAGCUCCGCAUCGGCGAGGGAGCGUGGCGUGCGCUGGGGCGCCUCCGGUACCCAUACGAGGCUGGCAAGCCUAUCUAUGUGCCCAAGCUCAAACUGCUCGCGGUCGAUUUCAGUGAGGUGUGGGAGCCAGUCUUCGUCGACAAGGGCUUCCUCAACACGCGCAUGGAGCCUACAGUCGCCUUCGGGACGCCGGUGAGUGCGGUGCGUGUGGUGCCGUACAAUGAAGGUGGUAGAGGCAUCGUUGAGCUUCCCGCGCGCGAGAAGUUCGUGGAUGAUUAUGACUCGGACACGGAGUCGCCAAAGCGCGAUGUCAGCAGCUGGCUUGCUAACUGUCGGAAGGCCAAGUGAUACGGGACAUGACUCCUUUCGCGUACCUGUGAUCACAGAUCGCUUUCGCGAACUUGAGGUUGUUAUUAUGAAUGAACAAUG